AUGGACCUGCAGGCGUCUAGUGAUGAACGUCCGGGCCCAGAUUCCCCCGGGUCGAAAACGGCACAGGAAGAAAUCACGCCGGACGUCACUGAGGAAAAUGUUACUGAGAAAGGAAUCAAAGCUGAGAAAUAUGCGUACUACGGCCUCUUCGCCGCGAACAAUGGCAUCGGUCCGUACCAGUACCAGGGGGUAAAAAGCGCCUAUUCUCUGUUCCAGACCUUGAUCUACCAAGCCGCUUUCAAUCCCAACAUAUUGCCAUGGGGCAGCGCUUCUUGCGACGAGGACCCAGAUGCGCCUUGCCACGUCACCUGGGCUGGAGGGACCAAGUCCUAUGAAUCGGUGGCACUGAUCGCCUCUGCAUUGGUGUUCGUCGGCCAGUCCAUCCUGUUCAUCUUCAUCGGCAGCACGGCGGACUACGGGUCGUGGGCUCCUUGGAUCUUGCGCAUCUCCGUCCUGAUCUACGGCGGCUUGUCGCUGGGGUUCUUCGGUCUGAAGACACCAGAUGCUUGGCCGGCAGCCAUGGCAUUGUACACUCUCACAAACAUCGGAUUCUACGUCGUCUUCACUUUUGGUUACGCGUUGUUUCCUAGGAUAUCAGACGACCAGCCGGAAGCAAGGAAAGCCCGACUCGCCUUGCAGAACCAAGAGAUCACAAGCUCGGAGUACGACACCAAAAUCGAGCAUGUCCGCUCCACCAUCGCCAACCACGCCUGGGCAGCCAACAACGUCGGGUUCGCAGUGAGCGCCUGCCUCUGCGUGGGAAUUCUAAAAGGCAUCGAUGCGGACUCCUCGGCCUCGAAGAACAACCUGGGCUACGCGCUGUGCACCGGCGUGGUGGGCAUCAUUGUGCUCGUUCUGUCGGUGCCGUGGGUGUUCCUUGAGAAGCGGCGACCCAGGUUACCUGUCCCAGAAGGCCGAAACAUCGUCAGCUACGGCCUCCAGCAGACUUGGCACAGCUUCAAGUACUGCAGGAGGAUCUCGCAGACCUUCCUCUACCUCUUCGUCUAUUUCUGGCUCAAAACGACGGUACGAUCCUCCACAUUACCAACUGGUCAUGCUUCUUUAGCCGUCUGGGGCAUGGUCGGCCUGUGGACCAGGAAGAUCGGGUACCACAACCUGUGGGAGUUUUGGGCAGUCAGCGUCUUCUACGGGCCCAGCGUUGGUCUGCAGAUGUCCUACUCCCAGGUCUUUCUCGGCCAAGUCAUUCCACGUGGAGAGGAAAACAGAUACUUCGCCUUGCUAGGCUUCAUUGGCCGUGUUGGCUCGUGGAUUGGGCCACUCAUCUGUAGUGCGAUAGUGGACCGAACAGGGACUCAGAAUGCAUCCUACGGAUUUCUGGCUGCUCUGAUCGGCGCAUCAUCGUUGGGGUUGAUAUUUGUGGACGAGGCGAAGAGCAAACUGGAGUGCGCAGAAUAUGAAGCCACAGAGCAUAAAGUCGCGGAAGAACAAGAGCCACCACUACAGGGAAAAGAUCAAAUUUGGGAGGCCAAGACAUGA